UUGAUUCAUACUUCGGUGAAAGUUGUCCUUAAUGGUUUGUAACUACCUACCUCUAUUAUAAUAUGUACUUAAAAUACGAUUCAACGAGUGAACUACGUUUUACGUUGUAGUUUUUAUAAUGGCGAAUUAUUUUUCUAAACCGAAUUAUUCGGUAUGAUUAUUAUUAUUGAGAUUUGCAAACAUCUAAGAAAAAAAAUAACAAUCUUUUAAUGUAUACAACCAUUAAUAGACAUCAAGGGAAAUGGAAGAUAAAGAUGUAACAUUUAUAUUGCAACUUGGAUUGAUUCGUGACUCUGUGACAUUAAAUGCAUCUGCUUUUACUUUAAAAACCUUAAAAGAAGCAGCAUGUGACUUUGUCAACAUAAAAGCUCCUGAACAUGGCCUUACUCGGUUGGCAGAAAGAAUUUUACUGUUUCGGCAUAACUAUUCUUGUGAUCAAAUUCUUAUUCCUGUGAACAAUGUCAUUGAUAUAAAUGAUGAAACUAUCAUUGAAAUUGUUUUAUCAGGUCAACUAUUAUCAGAAGAAUAUGAGAGCUCUGUUAUUAAACCACAUUCAUUAGCAGUACAUUCAUAUAAAACUCCAACAUUCUGUGAUUACUGCGGUCAAAUGUUAUUUGGAAUUGUAAGACAAGGUUUAAAAUGUUCAGGUUGUAAUUUAAAUUACCAUAAGAGAUGUGUUGUUAAACUGCUCAACGAUUGUGGUGGUGGAAAUAAACAAAAAAAUAAAUCCAAAUCGAGUAAUUCUAAUUUGAGUUUUUCACCCCGUAGUCCAUCAAAUGUUUCAUUGGCAUCUGCAGUAUCAGAUGAAUCCGUUAUCAGUGGAAAUUUAUUAAAUGUACCAGUAAAAAGUAAAAGCCGGUCACCUUCUCCUGUUAAAAUACCACACAUUUUUGUUGUGCAUACAUACACUAGACCAACAAUAUGUCAAUAUUGUAAGAAAUUGCUUAAAGGAAUUUACAAACAAGGAGUGCAGUGCAAAGAUUGUCAUUAUAAUGUACAUAAAAAGUGCAUGGAUUUUGUACCAAAAGAUUGUGUCAGCGAUUAUCCAAUUGAUUUAAAUGAAAGUGGUGUAGGCAGUGAAUCUGAGCAUGAAGGAUCUGGCAGUAAAGGCGAAGAUGAUAGUGAUGGUGAAAAUAAUACACCAUCUCCUCCGUAUGCUGUUCCCCCUAUAGUAACAACAUUAACCAAUUCUCAUAAUGGACAAAGUUCUUGUAAUACAAUGGAGACUGUAGGACAUUUUACAGAAAAUGCUCACCAUACUACACAAGAUGAUUUAAACUGUACUGGUUCUACAUCCAGCAAUAACAUUCCAUUAAUGCGAAUAGUUCAAUCAAUUAAACAUACUAAAAGAAGAUGUGCUUCAAAAGUUAUUAAAGAGGGGUGGUUAGUUCAUUUUACUAACAAAGAUAAUCAAAGAAAAUGUCAUUAUUGGAGAUUGGAUUCAAAAGCAAUUACAUUAUAUGUUAAUGAUAAAACAUCAAAGUAUUACAAAGAAAUACCUUUGUCUGAGAUACUUGCUAUUGAGAGUGCAACUGUUCCUAGAGAUUCUGGCCCAAUGCAUAGUUUUGAACUAAGAACUACUAAUCUUGAAUAUUAUGUUGGUGAUGAAGAACUCAAUUCAUCAAUGGAAAUAAAUUUAGAAAAUACAAGUCAUAGUUCUGGGACUAAAGGAGAGAAAAGCUGGGAAAGUAUAAUACAACAUGCACUUAUGCCUGUUCCAUCAUCAAACCCUACAAUAUCUCACUCAGGUAUGGAAACAAAUGAACAACAACAAAAUGUAACAGACAUGAGUCAACUAUAUCAAAUAUUUCCUGAUGAAGUAUUGGGUUCUGGCCAAUUUGGUAUUGUUUACGGUGGUAAACAUAGAAAAUCAGGUAAAACAGUUGCUAUCAAAGUCAUUGAUAAACUACGAUUUCCUACAAAACAAGAAGCAGCUUUAAAAAAUGAAGUUGCCAUUCUUGGAAAAUUAGAGCAUCCUGGUGUAGUGAAUUUAGAUUGUAUGUUUGAGACAGCAGAACGUAUUUUCGUUGUUAUGGAAAAACUAAGAGGCGACAUGUUGGAAAUGAUAUUAUCCAGUGAACGUAGGCGAUUAUCAGAGCGUAUUACCAAAUUUUUAAUAACUCAAAUAUUAAUAGCGCUAAAACAUUUACAUAGCAAAAAUAUAGUUCAUUGUGAUCUAAAACCAGAGAAUGUACUUCUUAGUUCAAAUUCUGAUUUUCCACAAGUUAAACUAUGUGAUUUUGGAUUCGCUCGAAUAAUUGGUGAAAAAUCUUUUAGACGGUCAGUAGUUGGAACUCCAGCUUACCUUGCACCUGAAGUUUUACGGAAUAAAGGGUAUAAUAGAUCCUUGGAUAUGUGGAGUGUUGGAGUUAUAGUUUAUGUGAGUCUCAGUGGAACUUUUCCAUUUAAUGAAGAUGAAGAUAUCAACGAUCAGAUACAAAAUGCUGCUUUUAUGUAUCCUAGAAAUCCGUGGAAAGAAAUAUCACAUGAUGCUAUUGAUCUUAUAACAAAUUUAUUACAAGUGAAACAAAGAAAACGAUUUACAGUUGACAAAUCAUUAGCACAUGUAUGGUUACAGGAUUAUCAAACGUGGUGUGAUUUAAGAGAACUUGAAAAGUCUACUGGAAAUGGUGUUCGGUUUUUAACUCACGAAUCUGAUGAUGCACGCUGGGAAACAUAUCAAAGGCAUUCCAGGUUUCUAUAAUUGUAAGUGACACUUAAAAGGAUGUCAUACUAUACUGUACUUCAUACUUGUAAUCUUGUGAAAACUUUUGCAUAAAUUGAUCAUAUAUAAAUUAUUGAAUAUUAUUUUUUGCCUUUAGUACAAAAAUAAUUGUAUAAGCAAUCUUACAAUUUUUUAUAUAUUAGCUAUAAUUAACAUAUUGCUUGAUUUCACAUUUUCGAAAUUAUUUAGAGUAAUGUACCUAACUAUUUAUUAGUAUUUUAGAAAAAAGACUGAAGUGCUAUUUAAUAUGUUUCUUUCAAUUUUUAAUAGUUUGUUCCUAAUCCAUAUCUCUGACCUAGGUUUGAUCAUUAAAUGUUCAUGAAAAUGUUUCAUUUACGUUUUUCGUUUGCAAGACAUCAAAAUACAUUGUGUGGCAUCCUUUUAACUUAUGUCUUCUAUAGUUUAUUAAUUGUAUUUCUUGUUUUUAAAAUUCAACUUAUAUUUAAUUUACCUAAGUAUUUAAAAUG